GUUUCACCUCCUCGCCCCCUCAGCUGCUCUGGCUUCUCUCUUUUCACUUCUCCUUUUGUGUAUCCGGUCCAGUUGGUCGGUCUGGCUGCUUUGAUUUGAGCACUUUUCAUUUUAUUCGUGCGUUCGCGGCAAAGACGGCCGUUCUGAGAAGUAGAGUACUCUGGUGUGUUGGCGCAUAUUCUUCUGCUUCGCGAUUUGGUGUACUAGGUGUGCACCUCAGAAUAAGCCUUAGAAACUAUGGUGGUACAGAACAUCUGCUGUAUAGGUGCCGGCUACGUAGGCGGUCCAACGUGUAGCGUAAUUGCAUACAAGUGUCCUCACAUAAAAGUGGUAGUUGUCGACAAGAGUCCAGCUCGAAUAAAGCAGUGGAACUCCGACGAGCUCCCGAUAUACGAGCCGCAUCUGGACGACAUCGUGAAAGAGUGUAGGGGCAGAAACCUCUUCUUUUCCACGGAUGUGGAUUCCGCUAUCAUCGAAGCUGAUAUCAUCUUUAUUUCCGUCAACACACCAACCAAAAAUUAUGGAUUUGGAAAGGGGAGGGCUGCCGACCUGCAGUACGUUGAAUCUGCUGCCCGUAAUAUUGCUGACAAAGCACAGGGUCCCAAGAUUGUGGUCGAAAAGAGCACAGUUCCCGUUAAAGCAGCAGAGAGUAUCAGUCGGAUUCUCAAGGCAAAUAUCAUGGAGAAUGCAAAGUUUCAGGUGCUAUCCAACCCAGAAUUUCUAGCAGAGGGAUCUGCAGUAGCCGAUCUGCUUAAUCCUGAUCGGAUCUUGAUCGGAGGAGAACAGACACCAGAAGGACUAGCCGCUGUCGAGGAACUCUGCAGUGUCUAUCGAAACUGGAUACAAGACAGCAAAAUCAUCACAAUGAACACAUGGUCUUCUGAAUUGUCUAAACUGGCUGCCAAUGCAUUUUUAGCACAGAGGAUCUCUAGUAUCAAUGCAAUAUCAGCGAUCUGUGAGACAACUGGUGCUGACGUCUCAGAGGUCGCCCACGCCAUCGGAACCGACUCUAGAAUAGGGCCCAAGUUUCUUCAGGCCAGCGUCGGUUUCGGUGGAAGCUGUUUCCAAAAGGAUGUUCUCAAUCUCGUUUACCUUUGUGAAUGUCUGAAGCUGCCAGAGGUAGCAAAUUACUGGUACCAGGUAAUUGAAAUAAAUAACUACCAAAGAACACGGUUUGCUCAGAGGAUCAUAGAUCGACUGUUUAGCACUGUUGCAGGAAAGAAAAUAGCAGUGUUUGGCUUUGCCUUCAAGAAGAACACUGGCGACACCAGGGAAUCUGCAGCAAUCUACAUAUGCAGGCAGCUUGUGGAAGAAGGGGCCCACCUGAACAUCUAUGACCCCAAAGUGCCUGAAGAACAGAUUCUAGAAGAUCUCUCAUCACCAGAUGACAAAAAUGCAGCAUUAAAGCAAGUUAAGAUCUUCAAAGACCCAUACUCUGCUGCACGUGACACACACGCCAUUACCAUUUGCACAGAGUGGGAUGAAUUCAAGGACUUGGACUACGAAGCCAUAUACCACGACAUGCUCAAGCCUCCCUUCCUGUUUGACGGCCGUAGGAUAAUCAACGUGGAACGCCUGCAAAAGAUUGGUUUCCAUGUUGAGGUGGUAGGUCAGAAAACUGCGAGGCAGGAACUUAACCGGCUAUAUGCUAACUGUGUGUGAGCACCAAUGGAGUCUGUCGAACUGAAUGCGGAGAGCCAUGUCUGGUUCUCAAUUGAGAGCCUGCAGGAACAGAAGCGCCAUUUCUAUUUCAUUUGCUUCUGUCACCUUUGACCUUCUAGGUAAUCAAGACCGGCCAUUGGUUGUUCUUUGCUUGGUCGGUUCAUUCUGUUCGCAGGCUAGAUGCGUAAUCCGCAUUAUUUUAAAAGACUCGAAGCAUUCUGGCCGUGCAGGAGUAAAAAAAAAAAGUGCAAGGAGUGCUGCUGACACGUUUAAAUCUCACAUUCAUGAUUUGUUCAGGUUGCUCAUCUGCAUCAAGUAGAGCGGCUUGAUGGAUGAUGAUGUGUGGGGUUCUCAUCACAUCAAAAUUUUGUUGGUUAACGUCAACAUUUAUUUCAAACAAACCCAGACUUUUUGCUGUCUUAGCCAGGCGUGUACAUAUGCAAAUAGCGGUCAGCACCUCUGCUUCGCAUUAGAAAUUGCAAAUCCACGUGUUUCCUGCUUUUUAUUAUUAAUGUUAUUAAUAUUGAACCUGAUUCACUGUCCGACUUACGAAAAAAAAAUGUGAAUGUUAAAUUAUCGUAUAGUUUUGGACGAGAGCAGAAACAUUCAAUCUCAACAGUUUCACUUGUCUGCUCCCAUGGAUCUAUGAUGAAUCCUAUGGAUCCUGUGCAGACUGUUCUGGCUGUAUCGGAUAUUCUUGUUUCAUAGUUUGCUUCUACACGAAAGGGACCUCGUUACUACACAUGCAGGCUUCCUCUGCCUGCAGUAAACGGUGGACUUAGCAAGUGCCGCAUUUACUUGCAUAAUGAGCACUCUUCUUCUACCUGAAGAUAAAGCACCAGGGAGGGAUUGCACUCAACUAGUACUAUUUUAUUCCAAAGCAUUUGAAUCGGCAAGAUCGUUGUCUGUCCUGUCUGUCGUUGAACAAAUUCCAGUGCUAUCGCAAUGGUGACACUAGCACUGCCACAGAACGACCUGCUUAAAAACAGUCUGUAAUGAAUGCAGUGUCACUUUCGUAGUUUUCAUUAGGUUCUGUUUUGCAGUCAUAGAGUCAUUGAACAUUCUCCUUGAAGAUCUUGUUGGCAGAAGCACCCAAAGGUGGCACUGUACACUGAAGCCGCCCCACCGGUGGCAUCCUCGUGUCAGUAUGGCACUCUGUACUCAUUCAACCUACAGUGACACAUGCUAAAAUCAAGCGGCGUUAAGCACGUGGGGAGAAAUAUGGGUACCCAAAUUGGGAGUGUGUAUAUUAUGUCAGCACGGUAAUUAUGUGAACCAUAAGUAUGAUAAUAUAACUGACUCAAACGCUACGUUGCUUGAAGGAUUGGACACUACGAGCACUAAAGAAAAUACGACGGAUAAGUUCAGUGGAGCUACUACCUCUUUGCAUGAACACUGCUGUGUCCCACGUGGUUGUUGUAUUAAGGCUUGCACACUAGAAAGCACGUGCAGCUGCUCAUAUUUUGAACAAGUGUGGUUUCAUGCUGGCUUCCUUUGAUCUGCACAGCCAGAGCGUAUUCUUUGUUAAGGUUCUUUUUUUUUUGGGGGGGGGGGGUAUUUAAAGUUGUCGCUGCUGUCUAAUGAUCGGUGUUCCACUCGAUCUUCGAAUUAGGGAUGCAGUCUGCCAUCAGAAAAUGAAUGUGAGCCUUCAGUAGUGGCCACAGUUCAGAAACACUUAUCCAAAUUCAGCAAGGUGUGAGACCAAGAGCUGUACGCGUAUACGCUGCAGUAUACAUAGUGCCUUAAAGGUAAUCAUUGAAUGAAUAUGCCCUUUUACUAUAUGCACACAUUCUGCAAGUUAAUGUUGUAUCUCUGGUCAAAUUAUUCUGAUCUGACAGGCUCGACUGUAAUCGUGAAGUAUCCUGACACAAAUUUUUGGGGGCGUGAACCCUCGAUCGUCAGGUAUUGAGUCGUGGCAGCAAAGGCUAUCUUGUGGCAUUUCUUGUGUCUGCUGCUUCAGUUACUGUUGCAGAGCACACCAUCAUCGUGUAACUGAUUUUGCCACAAUCUCGAAUAACGUUUAGUUUUGUACUUUGCAUCAGUAUUCUUUUUAAUGCGCCUGCAGUUAUUGUACGUCAGGAGAUACGAUCUUUUAUUCCAUUUUGCUAUCUUUGCUGUUUACAAAUAAUGUGCUGUUAGAACAUUGAACAUGAAUAUCAUUUAUUGGUAAUAUUGCCAUUGUUUUUGGCAGCGUGUUUUUGUACAAUUUUUUUUGUGUCGCACAGAACAAAUAAAAAGCCUAUUUUUUUAAUAUA